GUUCAAGUCACGAUCACAGACACGAAUGUUGCAAAAUCAUAGGGCUGUCAUUCUUUCAAGGCUCGUAACACGUAAUGCAAUGGCCUUCCCUGUGCUCGCCUUCCUUUCCGGAUUUCUGGCUGCUCUGGCUUCCCUGUCGGCCAAGCUGGCAUCCUCGCCGCUAAUAGGUGGUAUCUCGGAGCAAGUCUGCACGAUCUUGGAUGGAUCUGAGGUGUUCUGCAAAUUCGUCUCGUGGUCGCUGUCAGCAUGCUGCUUCGGCGUAGUGCUCCUCAUGAACAGUGCAAUGUGGACGGUGUUCGUCAGUGCUCUGGAAGCCAGUUCCAGCACGGUAGAGGUCACCGUCAUCAACACGACUGCUAACUUCAUCUCCUCUGCUGCCCUUGGCUGGUUAGUGUUUGGCGAGACACUGUCUUUGCUCUGGUGGGCUGGUGCGGCGUGCAUGCUCUCUGGCCUAGCACUCUACCAGGCCACCCAGCCUGCCGGUCCUGACGGCGCGGAUGCCAAGACGAAAGCAGAAUAGAUCGUUCCUUUCAGCUACUUUCUGCAGCGUUACAGCGCUGCCAAGGCGCACUAGUGGAAUGUCCACGGUGUGUGGCGUCUUGUCAACCGAGAAAUCUGCGCUAGUCUCGUCAAGAGAACAACCGCGAGUGAGGUACUCAAGCUAACAUUACUCAUCAACGAGCCAAGCCAUUCCAUGCUGACCUCAUCAUAGCCAGUCUGUGUAUGCGGGUAGGCUUUCGCCGCCUGGAUGACGGGUUGCAGUGCAUACACAAGUCUCUCUUUAGGACUAUGAGCGCUCCACUCUGUCGAGCACUGACACAUCCC